AUGUCAGGACCGCGAGUGAAAUCGAUGAACUGUGCUGCUGACUCAGAGACCCGACCGGUGCUUGUACCGGCCGGUAACAAGGCGAGAUCGGUGGAAUUGCGAAAGCCGGGGUCAAAACCGAAGAGUAAUGUUGAGAAGCCCCAGGAAAUCGAUGAAGCCAGGGCAAAGAAAGCUCCAUCAUCACCAAAUUCAACCCCAUUGCCCAAGAACUAUUUGACUGUGCAGUCGGUUUUGAAGCAGCAGGACCAUAAGCUUUUGAGGUCGAAUUUGUCUCUGAAUGCGUCGUGUUCGUCGGACGCGUCAUCCGAUUCAUCGCAAAGUCGGGCGUCGACGGGGAAGAUCAGUCGGACGCUGAAGCAGAUUCGGAGGAAUCAAUGCGGUAUAAAGAAUGAGAAAGUCAAUACUGAUAUUGAUACUGUAUCAGUGGGUUCUGCUGAUGGUGCAGCAGUUAAGAAGAGGUGUGCUUGGGUAACGCCAAAUACUGAUUUAUGUUAUGCUGCUUUCCAUGACGAAGAAUGGGGAGUUCCAGUCCACAAUGACAAGAAACUGUUCGAAUUGCUCAGCUUAUCCACUGCUUUGGCUGAACUUACAUGGCCGGCAAUUCUUAAUAAAAGGCGCUUAUUUAGAGAAGUCUUUCAGGACUUUGAUCCAGUUGCUGUCUCAAAAUUAAAUGAGAAGAAGAUAGUUACACCAGGAAGUGCUGCCAGCUCUCUUUUAUCAGAGCUUAAGCUUCGAGGUAUCAUCGAAAAUGCACGUCAAAUUUGCAAGGUCCCAAUUAAGACAUCGAAAGCAGAUGCGAUAAGCAAAGAUCUCGUGAAAAGAGGGUUCCGAGGCGUGGGGCAAACAGUUGUCUACACAUUCAUGCAAGUGGCUGGAAUGACUAACGAUCAUCUGAUCAGCUGCUUCAGAUUUCAGGAGUGCAUAGCUGCAGGAGAGGCUAGGGAUAAAGAUGACAACCUCAAGACUAAGGUCCAAGGGAAGCAACCUGAGGCAAUUGAGUUUGGAUUAGCAGGAGCUAUUGAGGGUUUGAGUUUACCCACGGAGUAA